UAUUUUGCUCCAGGGCUUUAGGGUUUAAGCGGCAAUGGCUGCGACGGGCGCGCGUCUCCUCGGCGGAAGGAUGCUGUGCUCCAUUCUCGCCGAGCCUCGAGGCGCUUCCACUCGAUGCCUGCGCUUCCCGCUACCCAGGAAUCCUAGCAGCUGCUCUCAGGGAAUGCCGCCAUUGCUCGUGAGCCGGAGGUUUGCUUCCAUGUGUAUGGCGACCGAUCGAAACGCUUGGGAGGAGAGAAACCUCAACGACUGGGCUAUCUCGAAGCUAAGGGAGCUUUUACUUGCUGCGGAGCCCAUCACUUUUGGAGAGGGUUCAGCCUACGUGACUGAUGUUUCUCGCUGCACUGGUGAUGCGGCGAUACUCACAGUACGUGGGAAAAGACGAGUGGAUUACAGCUUCGACAUUCUGCUGGACUUUCUCGGCAAGAUCGAGGUCGGUGAGCCGUUUCAAGUGGAAGGGACACUCUCGGUCGAUACUUGCUUGGGUGAUCUUGACGAUCUUCGGAUAGACGUAGCCUUCACCGAAGUUCCAGAGACGCUGCCCGAGCCAGAACGCGAGCACCUCCGAUCCCAGAUGAGCCAGUUCCUCCCAAAGAUCAGGACGCAGCUCGAGUGCUUCGAGAAGGAGAUCAAAGAGCUCGUCUGCGAUUGAAAAGGAGGAAAGCAAACGAAGAAUCCUACCAAGUUUUCUCAUGUCUUUCACACGUUUUCUUUCGAUCAAUUAACAUCUUGAUGAUCUUCUUUCCAGAUCA